UGCAAAUUUCUAGCGCUUUCACUCAGGCUGUCUUGGGAUUCUUCUAGAAACUUUUUAGGUUGGUAAUGCCAUCUGGUCUCAUUGUGCCAUCUUUUCUAGCAUUUUCUUCCUUGAAGUUCACUGAUUGAUGGAAUGGGUCUGGAAGUAAUUUAAAAGAUUCUUUAUUCUGAUUCUUCCAUCGUUACACAAAUCCAAAAAGGUCAGGUCUAGAGUUCUAACAGCCAAACAUUCUGCCAUCUGGACUGGUAUCUCCUAGGCUAAUGCCGUUAGACUGCAGAGGUAGUGACCUGAUUCAUCUCUCUCUCUUCUUCCCUCCUUCCUUUCAUUCCUUUCUUUUCUUAGUUUUUAUCACUCUAUCUUCCUUUCUUAUUUCUAGGCCAUGUAAGUCAGCUAGGGAAGGGUUAGUGAGAUUAAAGUGUGAACACAAUCCUCAGGACUUGAGGAAGAAUAUCCUUUGACCUUGAGAAAUGCUAAUUAUGCUCUUUUUCCUAGGACGCUCACAAUUGUAUUCCUGAGCUGGACAGUGAGACAGCCAUGUUUUCUGUCUACGAUGGACAUGGAGGCUUUGGAAGAUGCCUUCUUGGCUAUUGAUGCCAAACUGACCACUGAGGAAGUCAUCAAGGAGCUGGCACAGAUUGCAGGGCGACCCACUGAGGAUGAAGAUGAAAAAGAAAAAGUAGCUGAUGAAGAUGAUGUGGACAAUGAGGAGGCUGCACUGCUGCAUGAAGAGGCUACCAUGACUAUUGAAGAGCUGCUGACACGCUACGGGCAGAACUGUCACAAGGGUGCUCCCCACAACAAAUCUGGAACUGGGACAGGCGAGGAACCAGGGUCCCAGGGCCUCAAUGGGGAGGCAGGAUCUGAGGACCCAUCUAGGGAAUCUUCUUCAGAGGAAAAUGGCCCCACAGCCAAGGCCCACACAGGCCUUUCCUCCAACUCGGAACGUACAGAGGCAGGCCAAGGUGGUGAGCCUGGCGCUCCCACUGGUGAGGCUGGGCCUUCCUGCUCUUCAGCCUCUGACAAGCUGCCUCGAGUUGCUAAGUCCAAGUUCUUUGAGGACAGUGAGGAUGAGUCAGAUGAGGCGGAGGAGGAAGAGGAAGACAGCGAGGAAUGCAGUGAGGAAGAGGAUGGCUACAGCAGUGAAGAAGCAGAGAAUGAGGAAGAUGAGGAUGACACCGAGGAGGCUGAAGAAGACGAGGAAGAAGAGGAGGAGAUGAUGGUCCCUGGGAUGGAAGGCAAAGAGGAGCCUGGCUCUGACAGUGGUACAACAGCAGUAGUGGCUCUGAUACGAGGGAAGCAGUUGAUUGUAGCCAAUGCAGGAGACUCUCGCUGUGUCGUGUCUGAGGCUGGCAAAGCUUUAGACAUGUCCUAUGACCACAAGCCAGAGGAUGAAGUGGAGCUAGCACGCAUCAAGAAUGCUGGUGGCAAGGUCACCAUGGAUGGUCGAGUCAAUGGGGGCCUCAACCUCUCCAGAGCCAUUGGAGACCACUUCUACAAGAGAAACAAGAACUUGCCACCUGAGGAACAGAUGAUUUCAGCCCUUCCUGACAUCAAAGUGCUGACUCUCACUGACGACCACGAAUUCAUGGUCAUUGCCUGUGAUGGCAUCUGGCUGUCACCUCUCUCCAUACUCCUCUACUCUGCUUUGGUGGGACUAAAGAAGAUUCUGACUAUUGUUUCUGAUCCCAGGAAUGUGAUGAGCAGCCAGGAAGUUAUAGACUUUAUUCAGUCAAAGAUUAGCCAGCGUGAUGAAAAUGGGGAGCUUCGGUUAUUGUCGUCCAUCGUGGAAGAGCUGCUGGAUCAGUGCCUGGCACCAGACACGUCUGGGGAUGGUACAGGCUGUGACAACAUGACCUGCAUCAUCAUUUGCUUCAAGCCCCGAAACACAGCAGAGCUUCAGCCAGAGAGUGGCAAGCGGAAACUGGAUGAGGUGCUUUCUACUGAGGGAGCUGAAGAAAAUGGCAACAGUGACAACAACAAGAAGGCCAAGCGGGACUAGUGGAUUUGUUUGUCCAGACUUCUGCCCCCCUAGACUGUUUUCUGAGCCCUCUGGACCUGAGACUGAGUUUUGUCUUUUUCCUUUAGCCUUAGCAGUGGUUGUGAGGUGUGCAGGGGGAACUGGGUGGCUUUACUCAGCCCAUUCCAAAGAGGGCUCUCCCUCCACACAGCAGCCCAGGAGCCUCUGCUGUUCUCCCCAGCCUCCUCUUGGCUCCUUGGGGCUCAUCACUGGUUCUGUGCCUGUGCUCUGUUGUGUUGGAGGGAAGGACUGGAGGUUCUGGUUUUUAUUCUGUGAACUUUAUUUAAGGACAUUCUUUUUUAUUGGCGGCUCUAUGGCCCCAGCCGCUUGCACCCGCUCUCUGUUGUACACUUUCAAUCAAACACUUUUUCAGACUAAAGGCCAAAACCUAAUCGCGC